AUGCAGCAUUACCGAAACGAUCACUACGAGAGUGAACCUCUCGACUCUCAAAACUACUACGAAUCCUCUCCGCGACAUCCCAACCAACCUCAGAACCACUACUCACCACCAUCUCCCACGCCUUACUACGACGCUCCCUCUCCCGUGAGGGCAAACCACCCAAGCUCUCACCCCGACUCUGCAUUCAAUCGCAUGCAGCCUGUUCAAGACAACUAUAGUCAAGGCCGCUCGGCCUCGCCAUACUCUGGCGGCUCUGCUAGCUACGACAGUCCUCGACGACCAUCGCCUUCACAUCACGACCAAGGCUACUAUAACCAAGGGAGCGGCGCUGCUGCUGCUGCCGGCGGCGCCGGAUACAUGGGGUAUGCCCACCCAAACGCUAACACAACUCCCGGCGCAGACAACUUUGGCCAGUCUGCGUCUGGUGGCAUGGCGGGAAUUGCCUGGGACGUCGCUGACCGUAACCCUCGCAAUAGUGGCAUGGACGCGAUGGAGCGCACCGGACUGCCCCCGCCCCCCUCCCGAUCUCAACAGAACCCCUACGAUUCGAAUGGCGGAUACGGUUACGAUUCUUCCUACGACAAUGGCGCACAUGGACCGUCACAGUCAAGCUUGGCUGGUCUCGCGCCUGGAGCGCCGCCAGGUUCCAGCUCAACACCUCACUUCAACGAAAGUGAUCCCUACGUCAACAACCCAUACCCCCCAGGCGGAUACUAUGCCAACAGUUCGCGUGGCAGUGCCAAUCUGGGCGUCGUGAAUCCACACGAGAUUGUCGACGAUGGAGAUGAUGGACUUACAUACGGCAAGAGCCAAAGGAAUUCAAUGCUGAGCCUCUCCCACUCGGACCGCGGGAAGAAGAUCCCUGCGGCAAGCGCUGCAGCGGUUGGGGGUGGUGCGGCCGCCGCGGGCCUAAUGGGGAAUAGAGGCGGAGGUGGCGGCGGCGGAGGUUAUGAGAUGAAUGCAGGCCACGAGAAGCCUUCCGACUGGCUGGAAAACGAAAACAAAAGAGGCAAGAAGUGGAAGUGGAUCAUCAUCGUCGGCGUCUUCCUCGUCAUUGUCGGCGCCAUCGUGGGAGGUGUUGUCGGUGGUGUGGUCAACAAUGGAAACCAUGAGAGCAAAAGCGGCAGCAGCAGCAGCGGCGGCAAGGGACAAUCGGCCGAAGAGGAUGAGAAGAAGAACGGUGACCUUGGCAAGAGCAGCGCCGAGAUCCAGAAGCUCCUUAACAACCCUGACCUACACCGAGUGUUCCCUGGUAUCGACUAUACGCCUCUCAACUCGCAGUACCCUGACUGCAUGCACAAUCCGCCCUCUCAGAACAACAUUACCCGCGAUGUGGCCGUGCUGGGCCAGCUGACCAACAAGAUUCGUCUGUACGGAACCGACUGCAACCAGACACAGAUGCUCUUGCACGCGAUCGACCGUUUGGAACUGACCGACGUCAAGGUCUGGCUGGGAGUGUGGCUGGACAAGAACGAGACCACCAACGACCGACAACUGGAUCAGAUGUGGGAUAUUCUGGACGAGUACGGUGAUGACCCAUUCGAGGGCAUUAUCAUUGCCAACGAGAUUCUGUUCCGCGAGGAGAUGACGAUUACCAGCCUGGCCAAGAUCCUGGAUGAUACCCGAACCGAACUCAAGAAGAAGAACAUCAACCUCCCUGUUGCUACGUCGGACUUGGGCGAUGACUGGACAGACGAGCUGGCCCAGGAUAGUGACUAUAUCAUGGCCAACAUCCACCCCUUCUUUGCUGGCGUCACUGCGGAAGAGGCUGCUGCGUGGACAUACAACUUCUGGGAGGUCCGAGACGGCCCAUACUGGAAAUCAGACAAGCAGAAGAACAUCAUUUCAGAAACAGGCUGGCCCAGUGCCGGUGGAAAGACGUGCGGUCAAGCAACAACAUGUACCGAGGGAUCCGUCGCUGGCAUCGAUGAGCUAAACACCUUUAUGGACAACUGGGUCUGCCAGGCCCUCAAGAACGGGACAAACUACUUUUGGUUCGAGGCGUUCGACGAGCCUUGGAAGGUCAAGUUCAACGAGAAGGGCAAGGAGUGGGAGGACAAGUGGGGUCUCAUGACUGUCAACCGCGAGCUCAAGGACGGCGUCAAGAUUCCGGACUGUGGUGGCAAGACGAUCAAAGACUACAAGGAUUUUGCCUAG